AUGCCUAGAAAAACAAAAGCUCGUUCUCGAUUAGAUAAAUAUUACAACCUUGCUAAGGAUCAAGGAUAUAGAUCAAGAGCAGCGUUUAAAUUGUUCUAAUUAAAUCGAAAAUACAAUUUUCUCAACAAUGCAAGAACAGUAGUAGAUUUAUGUGCUGCUCCUGGAGGUUGGAUGCAAGUCUGUGCUCAAAUAAUGCCUACAAGUUCAACCAUUAUUGGUUUGGAUUUAGUUCACAUUAAACCAAUUCCAGGAUGUAAAGCAUUCACCUAAGACAUUACAACACCAUAAUGUGUAUAAUUACUUAAAAAGGAAAUACCAUAAAAAGCAGAUGUUAUCUUACAUGAUGGUGCUCCUAAUGUUGGAGCUAGUUGGGCUAAGGAUGCUUAUAACUAAAAUGAUCUUGUCCUGUCUUCCUUAAGAUUGGCAUCAUAAUUUUUAAAGAAGGGUGGAGUAUUUGUGACAAAAGUAUUUAGAUCAACAGAUUAUAAUUCAUUAAUGUGGGUCUUUAAUAAAUUUUUUACAAAGGUAGAAGCUACUAAACCUUUAGCAAGUAGAUUUGUUUCAGCUGAAAUAUUUGUUGUUUGUUUAGAUUAUUUAGCACCAGAAUAUAUAGAUGAGAAACUAUUUGAUUCUAAACAUGUGUUUAAAGAUACUGAAACAGAUAUGUUAUAGUAAUAAAUUUAAAAAGAAAUUGUUUCUGUUGAUAAAAUUCUUUAAAAAAGAACUUAGAGACAUAGAAGUGGAUAUGCUGAUGAUGUUCAUUAAACUGUUUAUUAAAUGAUAGAUUUUGAAGAGUUUCUUCAUGCUGAUAAUCCAUAUCCAAUAUUUAUUGAAUAUGCUGGAAUCAAAAUGACUGAGGAAGCUAAAGAAAAAUAUUUGGGUCUUACAAAACCCCCAUAAGAUUAUCAAAUAUUGAUGGAAGAUAUCAAAGUAUUGGGAAAGAGAGAAAUUAUAUAAUUAUUAAAAUGGAGAAGUAAAAUCAAGCAUUUUUUAUCAAAAUAAAAGAGAGAAUAAAAAUAACUACAAUAAUAGGAGGAACCAUAANUUCUACUCCUGUUUAAUCGUAAAGCAAAUAUAGAUUAGAUCAAGAAAACCUCAAUUUGGAAAAUCAAUUGA